UUAAAAUCGAUGUACUCUGUGAUAAAAAUUUUAGAAAAAUCCUCCAUUCCAUUCUCUUCUUAGCAUCUGUUUCAAUUUUUUUAUUAUAAAUUUCACACUGCACACGAAUUAACUAAUAUUUUUUUAAUAUUACUUUUCUUAUUCCGAUGUUGUAAACAUUCUAUUCUAGUGCAAUUUUUUUAAAUUAAGUCGCCAUGGAAGACCCAUCGAGUGAUGACGAAGUUCAAGAUUCACCACUUAGUCCCAAAUUAGGUGGUAAAAAGCUGAAAUUGAAUGAUGGGAGUUCUCAGGACAGUAUCAUGGAUGCAGCUGCAUCUGCUAAUAAAGGUGAGAAGGAUGAGAAUGUGGAUAGUGGCGUGUCUGCUGACAAGUCUGAGAGCACUAGCAGCGACGAUCGAGUCGCGGGGCCGGGCGAGGGGCCCUCUAAUCAGUUCGUGAACGCAGCACCUUCAAGUAGCAAUGUUCGUGCCAUUCUUUUGAAUAUUAGAAGACCUAAACGCGGUCGAAAUUAUAGAAAAAGGAAAACGCCCGACAGAGAUUCCGACAGUAAUGACUCAUCCAGAGAUUCAGAUGAUUUGUCUGCAGAGGAGACAGUGCUCAGUACUAGACAACAAACGAGCAGCAAUUCUGAAGCUGAAAGCGAGGAUGCUGAGCAAAGGUUGAUGGGAACAUUCUCAGAUGUUUCACAAAGCGGGUCUUAUUCGUCGGACAGCAAUGAUGACAUCAACAGUGAUGACAGCGUGAACAUGAUCGGCUUGCACUCGGGCGACACGGACAGCGAUGAUGAAGGCCUCUGGUCCAGGGCCAACGAGAAUGAUGAAGAGGAUAAAGGCAAACUACCUAGUGUACUGUUGAAGUCGAGACCGAAACAUAAUUAUCACAUAUGUAAAGAGAUAAUAAAUCGUGAAAUGGGUUUGAUAUUUCCGUGCGGCAAAUCAGCGAAACAUGAUGUUAUGUUUGAAAAGAGGUUCUACGGCUCACUACAUGCCAUCUAUAGGCUGGACAAAUUACACCAGCUAAAUGAACACAAAGGCUGUGUUAAUUCAAUAAAUUUUCACCCUGAAGGAAAUCUCCUAGCAUCAGGUUCAGAUGAUACAAACGUGAUAGUAUGGGAUUGGGCGCGGAAUAUCGCGCUACAGUCCAUCAAAACGGGUCACAAAUCGAACGUUUUCCAAAGUAGAUUUCUACAUUUAAAUGCGAGAAGUCAAUUGAAUAUUGUCACAUGUGCCAGGGAUGGGCAGGUGCGGCUGCUGCAGUGCCCGCCGGGCGGCGGCGCGGCCGUGCGGCGGCGGCUCGCCGCGCACUCGAGCGCCGCGCACAAGCUGCACGUGUGGGCCUCCGAGCCGCACCUCGUCGUGUCCGCCGGCGAGGACGGGCUCGCCAUGCAGUGCGACGUGCGCGACCAGUUUCCCAUCAGAUUGUUCACAGUGAAGGAUCGCGGUGUGACGAUACCCCUGUACAGCGUCAACGGGCACCCGUUGGAUCCUCGCGAAUUGAUCGUGGCCGGUCGGGACAAAUUCGUUCGUAUGUACGACCGGCGGAAGUCCACCAAACCACUCCUUAUGUACUGCCCAUCGUACUUCACCCAGACUGCCAACCUGAAGAAGACGCCGCGGAUAUCAAUGAUGCACCUCACGUGUGCGGUGUACAACCACGACGGCUCCGAGAUCCUCGGCUCCUACAACGACGAGGAUGUCUACUUGUUUGAUUCCAAAAACGACAUCUAUAACAAAGAAACGAGCGACGAGAAGCAAGGCUUCACGCACCGGUACAGCGGGCACCGGAACAGCGCCACUUUCAAGGGCGUCGCAUUCUUCGGCCCCAAUAGCGAGUACAUCGUCUCCGGCUCGGACUGCUCCUACAUUUACAUAUGGGAGAAGAACUCCGAGUCCAUAGUGCAGUGGAUGCAGGGAGACGUUAACGGAGUUGUAAAUUGUAUAGAAGCGCAUCCUCGUUGUCCCGUCCUGGCGACAAGUGGGCUUGACAAGGACGUAAAGAUCUGGAUACCGAAACGAGAGGAGGACCCCGACUUUGAAGGAUUAGAACGGGUGGUGCGCGACAACAGCACGACGUCGCUGCGCAGCCCGCUGUUCCAUGAUUUCCUGCCGACGCUGUACAGCGCCUGGCGCGGCGACCGCCACCCGCUCGACGGCGACCCGCCCUUCGGCGGCAACAUCGACUUCGACGGCAACGUCUGCACCACCUUCUAACCGACCACGCCUCACCCCCCGCUCCCCGCCGCCAUCGUUUGAUUCGUAAACAUUAAAAUGUACAAAUCUAUUCCUAACCGACUUCGAAAAGAAGGAGUUUUUUAUCACUUGGAGAGUUGCUCGUAGUGAGCGACGUAAAGUCCCGGACCGAGCAUUUCGAAUUUCAUCACGAUUGCUCCUAAUUCUGAGACAGCAUUUCUCACUCUGAUAUAUCGGAGACAUAGAGCGAAGGAUUGUUCGCUUUUACGUCUCCGCGGGGUCAAGAACCGUUCCACUGUCUAGACAAAAAGUUUACAUAUAUGAUGGGCGUUACGAUUACCAACGUGUAUGGAAUUUGACGUGUCAGUGUUUAUAUAAUGAACCAAAUGUCAGUUUAAAAUAGUCAUACUCGUGAACGGAUGCUCCUUGUAGGGACAGGUCAAUUCUAUUUGUUAUAAUUAUUGAUUUGUUAACUUACAACUGAUGUUAUAUUUUUCUUUGUCAAGGUAUUAACCUACAAAUGAGGCCUAUAAAAUCAAAGGCAGUGAAACGCCAUAAAAUCGUAAUAUGAGUUAAUUGUGGCGUUUUUUUUUUUUUGAUAUAUUUUCCUAUUUUUUUUUUAUAUUAAGAUUGAUUGUAAAAUUAUUCUAAUAUUAUUAUAUAUUAUGGCAGAGAAAUAUAGAAAAAUAAAUAAUAAAUUACGAUUAUAUUUAAAUAACAAAAAUUGUAUUGUUUUCUUCGCCUACGCCGACUAUGAAUUCAAUGGGAACAUAAAUACAACCAUGGAAAUCACUCAACUAUAUCGAGAUGUUUGUUUCAACAAAUUUAUUAUUUGAUAAAAAACAGGAAAUAAUUUAUUCAUGACCUACCUGAAUCUAUUUUUAGGAAUGGCAAUUUUAUUUUAAUUAUUAAUAAUAAUAAUAAUACAUUUUUAUUUCGGACUUUUUUGGUCCAUUAAUUUAAAUUAUUGAAAUCCAAAAAUAUUUAUACAGUUAUAUCGUCACAGUCGUAGAAUACUGACGGAUCUGACGAAUAUUACAUAUAUAGAUCCGUCAGUAUUCUACCACUAUGACGAUGUAUGCUAUUAUUCUUAAAAAGAAGUAUAAAUAUAUUGAAGAAGUUGGUAAUUGAGGAGAAUAAAGGGCAAAUGUACAGAUUAAAAAAAAAAUAUCGCUUGGAAAAUGUACACUGACAUCAGAGGCUAAGUUGAAUAACACAUUUUAAGAUUUUUUUUUAUUAAUUAUUGUAUGAAACAAUAAAAAAAAAGAUGUGUGGUCCCGGUAUAGAAUAGGCCAACCAUGCCUUUCCCCUAGGUGUCGUAAAAGUUGACUAAGGGAUGGCGAUGGAUGGGCAGCAGCGUCCCUCUUAAAACAUCCCCAAAGCCUAACUGCGGUUGGCAGUACGCCCCAUCAUACAAUGUUAUUUAUUUAAAAUUGGCACAUAAUUUAAGUUUGAAAUUUGACGAUUCAUUUGUGAUGAUUAAAACAAAUGUUUACUAUAUUAUUCUGUUACUAUUUUUCUUUAUAGCAUUAGGUAAUACUUUUAUAAUAUUGUGGAUUAUUUCAUGGAUUAAUUAUUAUGUAUAACUUUAAAUCGCCUAUUUGUUAUAUGUAGAUAUAUUUAUAUUAGUUCUGAAUAUGUUAAUUAGUUUAUUUUAAUUUAUUAAUGAAGAGAAUAAAUCAACGAAAUCCUAGCCUACUGCAAGGAUGAUUUGUUCAUAUUUUAUAUAAAUGUAAAAAUUCAUAAAUAUGUAUAAUUAUUAUAAUAUUAAUUGUGAUUACCUCCAAAUGUGAACGGAGAAAAAGAAAUUGUAAAGUUAGUCUCAAUUGUAUAAAUAAAUGAUAAUUUUAAAUAUGUAA